AUGGAUGAAACUCCAAUUGUUCCAUUGCCACAAAUCAAAAUUCCUCCCCCAUUGCCACAAAGACUCAAGAAUAAGGAUAAUGAUACCAAGUUUAAGAAGUUUAUUGCGAAGUUUAGCAAUUUGUCGGUGAAUAUUCCUUUGCUAGAAGCCUUACAAGAAAUGACCGGUUAUGCUAAAUUUAUGAAGGACUUGGUUACAAAGAAGCGAGUCAUGGAUUUUGAAACAAUUAACGUAACCCAUAAUUGUAGUGCUAUAUUGUCUAGAACAAUGGUGGUGAAGAAAGAAGACCCGAGCUUGGGUUCUCCUAAGCCUACUACUAUAAGGCUUCUAAUGGCCAAUCAUUUAAUCAAAAAUCUCGUUGGUAUGUUGUAUGAUGUUUUGGUGAAAUUUGACCAGUUUAUCUUUUCGGCCGACUUCAUGAUUCUCGAUUCUGAGGUUGAUCAUGAGAUCCCAAUCAUUCUUGGUAGAACAUUCUUAGCUACCAGAAGGGCCUUAGUGUAUGUGGAAUAUGGGGAGAUGAAAUUUUGGGUGAACGAUGAAGAAGUAUCCUUCAAUGUGUGUAAGUCCAUGAAGCAACCCAUGGACUUGCAAGUUAUUUCGGUGAUUGAUGUGGUUGAUGAUGAGGUAGAUAACACCGCUAAAAUGGAUCUUGUGAAUGACCCCUUGGUGGGUGUAUUGUGGAACUUUGGAAGUGAGGUGGUUGAAGAAUAUGAUGAGGUGGUAGCUUCAUUGACGGGUCUUGGAUCCUACACCAAGAACCCAGUCAAAUUAGAUCUUGAUUUGAAAAACUGUGAUAGUCCACCCGCCAAGCCGUCUAUUAUUGAACCACCUCAACUCAAAAUUAAGCCAUUACCAUCCCAUCUCCAAUAUGUUUUCUUGGGUAAAGAUAAUACAUUGCCAAUCAUUAUAGCAAGUGAUCUUGAACCUUAUCAAGUGGAUACCUUUAAAUCAAUUGUGAAAAAGUUCAUUCGUGCUAUCGGACGGACUAUCACGAAAAUUAUAGGCAUUCUUCCCAGAAUUUGUUCUCAUAAAAUCAAGAUAAAUGUUGAUCGUGUUCCUAGUGUGGAACACCAAAGGUGA